CUGGCAGUAGUGUGUUGUAACGUUGAGAAGAAAACCUUUGCAGGGUGGUUGGAAGAUUUCGUAUUGAACAACACAGUAUUUGUCUUUGCUAUUAUAAACCUUUUUGUGACCAAUAAAGACCUGACUUUUCUGAGGAAACCUUAGAAGCACAUAUCCAAACAUAUCAUGUCAAAAAUUUUUGGUAAAAUCGAACUUAUAAAAUUAGAUGUUGUGGAAAACGCUAUUGAAGAGCAAAACAGGACCGAAAACGGUGAAUGCAUGGGAGUUUCCGUACUUAAAACAAGGGAGUUGUUUGAGCAAAAGAAUAGGAAAAAGAUGGAAUCUAAAAGCCCUUCAGAAGAGCUCUCACCGCUGAUAGCAGAGAAGUUGAAGAUGUUUAAAGGAUUUGUGCAAACAUCGAAAAAGAGCUUAAAAAAAAGCGUAAGAGUCAAGGAAGAUAAGAGUAAAUCUGUGGAAAAUGACGAGGAAAAAAUUUCUAAACAAGAUUACGAACGAAUGCUAACUGAAGAAGCAGAACAAGCUCUCCUAAAUCAACCGAUGAUUCGCUCGAAAAAUGUAUUAAAACGCUGGUAUUUUGAAUCAAAGUCGACUGAGAAUGAACGAAAACUUUCAGAUGAUUCGGGCGUCGUGGAAGAAGAAGAAGAAGAAGAGUUUGGUGCGGUGCAAAAUCAAACUUCGAACGUAAACGUUUUUAAUGAAUACGAUAAUGAACGUCAAAUAUUAGAAGAAACAGAGGCUGCAUUUCGGACAUUUUCCAUAAAAUACAAACACUCUUCACAUGCAAUGCAGAAAGAAAAAGUGAUACAGGCAUGUAUUCGUCGAGAAGUUCCUGCUGAUUUAAAUGAUGGUAACGUUAAUGUGAAAGUUAUGAAUGCGGAAAAUUCAAGUCUGAACACGUCUAGAGAGUGUAAAUUACCGAACAAAACAACACAGCCACCUGUUAUCGUUUCUGAUUAUAACGACGAAGGAGAAUGCGUUCCAGAAGGUAUCAUCACCAAUAGAUUGAUGUUAUUUCAAAAAAUAGCAGAGUAGAGACGAACAAUAUGAGCAUAAAUAUUUCGGGACGAAAAAUAUCUUUAGUGUACAUUAACGUCGAGAAAGUUCAGACCAAAAAUUUCAGACAUUAAAUUAUCGGAUAUUAUUCUCGCACAAAUUUAUUUUAAGGAUUUUUAUCAUAACUUUAAAAUAAAAUAUCUAAUAGAAUACAAGGAUGUUAGUCUACAUCUGAAAAUAGGUCUUUUGUUUCGAUCUUGUGAUCAAUUGCUUACCAUAUGCUCAUUUUAUCGAAUCCUUUUUAUUAUGAGCUACUGAGAACUUCUCAAAUUGCCAUAACGCCAAUAAUUGAGCAUGAACUGGUUUCAUUGCAAUAAGGUUGGUAACCACAUUAUUUCUUAAAAAUAAAGAAUGAACAAUUGAAUGUUCGGACAUAAAAAAAAUCGGACAAUUUUUUUUAAGUUAAUGUAAAAAAUGUUCGUUAUUUAUAUAAAAAAAAUUAGAAAAUUUUUGUGGUUAGAUAUUGUAAAUAUGAUAAUAAUAAAUUUUCUGUUUUUAA